CUCAUUUAUCAAGGAGACAGAGUCAUCUUAUUGAGACAGAGAGAGAGUGCUUGUCCUCAAUUAUUACUCCUCACCCAACUCCCUCCCUCCCACCCUCCCUCUCUCUCUCUCUCUCUCUGAACCACAUACCAUUCUCUUCAUUGUUUCUCUUCUAUGAGUUUGAGGUUGCUAAUGGCUGCUAUUGUGUAUUUUCUCCUCAUGUUGGCUAUGGUUGGAGUCUCAGAUGGAGCUUGGUGUGUAUGUAGGUCAGAUGUGAGUGACACAACACUGCAGAAAACAAUAGAUUAUGCUUGUGGAGCUGGAGCUGAUUGCUCAAAAAUCCAACAAGGAGGAGCUUGCUUCAACCCAAACUCUGUUAGAGCUCAUUGUUCUUAUGCUGCUAAUAGCUAUUAUCAAAGGAAAGGCCAAUCUCAACAAGCCUGUGAUUUUUCUGGGACUGCUACUCUCACUAAUUCGGACCCAAGUGGCCCUGGCUGCAGUUACCCUGCUAGUACCAGCUUUCUCAUCUCUGUAGGGCUUGGUGAGUCAAAAGCUGUGGCUUCCUUUCUUGAUUAA